CUGCCCUGCCCAGGUGAGUCGUAGCCAUGUGACGGCUCGUCUUCGUGACUCCAUUCUUGAGAUAGUCGUUGAGUUUUCCGUGCAAACGUAUAAAAGAAGGCGCAUCGUCAUCGCUACAUAUCAUAAUUCGCCAUGGCGUCGCUGCAUACUCCGACUCAACUUCUCUCACCUCCGCCUUCUCCCGCCCCGCAGAACUUAUCGACCGAGAUCAACACGGCCACACGCUCGGUUCAUGCGCGCUUGAACAAGCUCAUCAUCUCUCGCCUACCUCUUGCCCUUCCGCCUGUAGCCAUAACCCCCGAAGCCUACGCUCACGGCAUCAACACGUUCGGCGACGUCUACCUUGUUUUUGAAAACUGCUGGCGGGUCCUGAUCGCAGAAGUCGACAAGUCCGACGUAGACGACUCCUCACACGACAACAGACUACGGCGAUGGCUAUCUCAACUAGUCCCUCCUGGUCUUUGGCGCUCGGAUGCAAUCAAGAAAGAUUUGGAGUACCUGGAGACGAUCACUGGCGCUGAUCUAGAGGCCGUCACCAACGCCCAAAUACGCACCCUUACCGAGCACAUCUAUCGACAGACUCGGGACAAGCCUCAUGUCCUGAUCGCCUAUGCUUGGAUCAUGUACAUGGCCAUCUUCUCGGGCGGCCGGUGGAUCAGAGAGCAGUUGACGAACUCCGGCCCUGAAUUCUGGGGUGUCAAUCACGAGUCCGACAAGAUGGAAUAUUGGGUUCAUGGGACCUUGAGACCUGGUUUCACUCUGUUUUGCUUUUCGGGCGCAAGAGAUGGAGAAGACAUCAAGGCAGACUUCAAGACGCGUCUCGAGGAGGCCGAGGAGCUGCUCACUGCACAUGAGCGACAGGACGUCGUCAACGAGGCCCAGUAUAUCUUUGAACAAUGCGUCGCCGUUGUCGAGGAUCUCGAUAAGCAGCUCAAGACCGAUCUCGAACUAGUCAAAUCGCUAGCUGCUCGAGGAGCGGAGCAUGGGACUGCAGACCUAAAAACAACACCGACACGGGCUGCUCUUCCACAACAAGCCGCAAUGGAAAACGCAGAGCCGAAGUCGGCAAACUUUAUAAGAGCAAUAGUGGUGGCCUUCUUCGCUUUCGCCUUUUAUCAGUCAUAUCGUUGGCAGUAUGGAGAUUUGGAGCGCGAUUAGCCAACGUGACGAGCCUUGGUGGAGGAAUUUAGAUGAGAGGAGCGUUUACAUUCAAAGAUACCAGCAUGCGCCAAGCAGAAAGAUACCCAAUAGACACGAAUACCAUAAUAGCUUCUGAUCUUCAC